AUUUUCUUCAUUUCUUUCAGUUUACCAUCUCAUUAUCUAACCUCUCUGGUAUAGAACAAGGGAGCAACAGAAAGCGUUUAGCUUGCCGAGACAAUAAGCUAUGGAGAAAGCGAUCGAGAGGCAGCGAGUUUUGCUUGAGCAUCUUCGUCCUCCUCCUUCCUCUUCCCACAGUUUCGAGUCAUCAAUUUCUGCAUCAGUCUGUUUAGCCGGAGACAGUGCCGCAUAUCAAAGGACUUCUUUGUAUGGGGAUGAUGUGGUGAUCGUGGCAGCAUAUAGGACAGCCCUUUGCAAAUCUAAAAGAGGUGGUUUCAAGGAUACUCAUGCUGAUGAUUUACUUGCACCUGUUUUGAGGGCAGUGGUAGAGAAAACAAAUCUGAAUCCAAGUGAAGUUGGUGACAUUGUUGUUGGCACGGUUUUGGCUCCAGGAUCUCAAAGAGCAAGUGAAUGCAGAAUGGCCGCAUUUUAUGCUGGUUUCCCUGAGACUGUUCCCGUAAGAACUGUGAACAGGCAGUGCUCGUCUGGGCUUCAGGCAGUUGCAGAUGUAGCUGCUGCUAUCAAAGCAGGAUUUUAUGACAUUGGAAUUGGGGCUGGGUUGGAAUCCAUGACAGUCAAUCCAAUGGCUUGGGAAGGAUCAGUCAAUCCAAAAGUAAAGAGCUUUGAGCAAGCUCAAAAUUGCCUUCUUCCCAUGGGUGUUACUUCCGAAAAUGUUGCACAACGAUUUGGUGUAACAAGGCAGGAGCAGGAUCAGGCUGCAGUUGAAUCUCAUAGGAAGGCAGCUGCUGCUACCGCUGCUGGUAAAUUUAAGGAUGAAAUAAUCCCUGUAGUUACUAAGAUUGUGGACCCAAAAACUGGUGAAGAAAAAACUAUCACAGUCUCUGUUGAUGAUGGAAUUCGUCCUGACACUUCUGUGUCUGGGCUAGCAAAGCUGAAGCCUGUAUUUAAGAAAGAUGGGAGUACAACUGCUGGAAAUUCUAGCCAAGUGAGUGAUGGUGCUGGAGCUGUUCUCCUCAUGAAGAGAAGUGUUGCAAUUCGCAAAGGAUUUCCUAUCCUUGGUGUAUUCAGGAGUUUUGCAGCUGUGGGUGUAGAUCCUGCAAUCAUGGGUAUUGGUCCAGCUGUUGCCAUUCCAGCUGCUGUGAAGGCUGCAGGCCUAGAACUGGAUGAUAUUGAUUUGUUUGAGAUUAACGAGGCAUUUGCAUCUCAGUUUGUAUAUUGUCGUAAAAAGCUGGAGCUUGAUCCAGAAAAAAUCAACGUUAAUGGCGGUGCAAUGGCAAUUGGGCAUCCUUUGGGUGUAACAGGUGCCCGGUGUGUUGCCACUUUAUUGCAUGAAAUGAAGCGGCGUGGCAGAGACUGCCGCUUUGGAGUGAUAUCUAUGUGCAUAGGCACAGGAAUGGGUGCUGCAGCUGUUUUUGAGAGGGGUGAUUGUACAGACGAACUCUGCAAUGCCCGUAAAGCAGAUAGCGGGCUGUUAUCGAGAGAUGCUCGAUAGAAUACAUACUCUCUCAAGUUUAUGCUACUAUUAAUAAUGUCGGUUGAACACCGGAGUAUGAAUCUCAUGCAAUAAUAUGAUUUUUAUAUUAUCAAGAAAUGACUAAUUUAUUCGUUAAGUA